AUGUCGGAAUCUCAGGCAUCAACUUCAAGAAAACGGAAAUAUCAGCGUGAUCAGAACACGCAACCUAUUCCUGUUGAAAUUUUAGAAGAUGCUGUUCGUGACCUGAUCGAAGGGGAAGAAACGGAUUCAGAUUAUAGCCAGUAUGAUGACAGUGAGGCUGACCCACACUAUAUAUUGGAAGAAGGCAAAGAGACGGAUUCGGAGCAGUCGAAGAUAGAAACUGAGGUCAUCUCUGACAUGAGUUUACUCAAUUUUUGUUACAAUUGUGCAAAUAGCAAGUGGCAGCAGAGCAACAGCUGUUGUUUCACCACCACCCACGGAGCAACAGGUGCAAGAGAUAAGAAUACAGUCUCCACCACCAUGGUGCAUAAGCAAGUUUGA